AUGGGUCAGUCUCAGUCAAGGCCUGGAGAGCGUUCCGGCGACCCUCUACAGUCCUAUCCAUCGUUCUCUCGUACGGAUACCAAAGAGUCUAUUCGAUCUAUCAAAGGUUCAAUUCGGUCCAAGAUUCCUGGUUCUAGAGGUAGCGACAAAAACAAUGACAGUCCGAGGGGAUCUACUGCAGGCCUCGGUGACGAUAAGUCGGAUGCCGCUUCUGUGAGGUCAACGAGCAGCAACAGGCAACCAAUCUCGCCGCAGUCAACUGUUUCCAACGACCCGAUCCCUCCCCGUACCGGGACUCCCGAACCCCCUCCAUCUCCCUCGCAAUCUACUUCACUAAACCGAGGCCACAAGAACGUGGAUGCUGCUCAACAGAGUGGCGAAGUCGACCUUGUCUCAGACGCCCCGCCAUCCGUCCCACCCGUUACGCCACAGAGCCCCGGAGAGUCAAUACUGGUGAGACCAGAGAAUCAGAUUAACCCUGUUAUUUUGGAUAUUCUGGCUUCUGCGCCGUCAGAAACUAGCAGCUCCCCCGGCAUGGGAAUGGGGGCGCUUAAGACAAUUGACCUUGAUGACAUGAUUUCUCGUCUCCUAGAUGCUGGAUAUUCCACCAAGAUUACCAAAGCCGUCUGCUUGAAGAAUGCGGAAAUUAUCGCCAUUUGCUCUGCAGCCCGCGAGUUGCUCCUUUCGCAGCCUGCUUUGCUGGAAUUGUCAGCACCGGUGAAAAUUGUUGGUGAUGUUCACGGUCAAUAUACAGACCUUAUCAGACUGUUUGAGAUGUGCGGGUUUCCACCGGCGGCAAACUACUUAUUUCUGGGUGACUAUGUUGAUCGGGGAAAGCAGAGCCUGGAGACAAUUCUUCUGCUACUGUGUUACAAGUUGAAAUAUCCCGAAAACUUCUUCCUUCUUCGUGGAAAUCAUGAAUGCGCGAAUGUAACACGUGUGUAUGGUUUCUACGAUGAGUGCAAACGCAGAUGCAACAUUAAGAUUUGGAAGACGUUCGUUGACACCUUCAACUGUCUGCCUAUUGCCUCAAUUGUUGCCGGGAAGAUCUUUUGUGUUCAUGGUGGUCUCUCGCCGAGUCUGUCUCAUAUGGAUGAUAUUCGUGGAAUUGCGAGACCGACCGACGUUCCAGACUAUGGUCUUCUAAACGACCUGCUGUGGAGUGACCCAGCAGACAUGGAGGAAGACUGGGAGCCUAAUGAGCGUGGAGUGAGCUAUUGCUUCGGCAAGAAGGUUAUUAUGGACUUUUUACAACGCCAUGAUUUCGAUUUAGUUUGUCGUGCACAUAUGGUGGUGGAAGAUGGAUACGAGUUUUUCCAAGAUCGAAUUUUGGUUACUGUUUUUUCUGCACCAAAUUAUUGCGGUGAAUUCGAUAAUUGGGGAGCUAUCAUGUCUGUCUCUGCGGAACUACUCUGCAGUUUCGAGCUGCUCAAGCCAUUGGACUCGAGUGCCCUGAAGAGUCACAUCAAGAAAGGCCGGAACAAGCGAAACAGCAUGCUUAACAGCCCUCCUGCUAUUGUUUCCGCGCAAAGUUAUUAA